UCGCAUACUUUGACCCAGAAACGCGUCUCUUUGGAAACUGACAUUUGUCGUGCCUUGUGAGAAGAGCUUGUCGCUGUGGUUUCUACGUCAACUAGGUGCCUAACGUCAAAACAGCAAAAUGUUACUUAUUUAAAGAUUUGUUAGCUUUUUAUUUUAUUUAUUUUUUUGCUUAUUUAGUUUUAGUGUAAACGACGGUUGGUUCUCAGUAAAUAUGAUAGAAAGUUGUAUGAAUUCAGGUUUGCCAGUGUCCUUUUUUUCGGACCUUCCUUGUCUGCUUUGUUUAUGGGCGGUACUUUUGAAAUUGGCAUUGCAAACAUAAAUAUAACUUGUAAUUAUAAAUAUAGUGGUAUCGUAUUGAAAAUAGGUAAAUCGUGUUGGGUUAAGGGUUAUGGUAGUGUUUUUGUUUGUUUUGCACAGUUUUCGUUGCUAGAUGGUUUGAUGUUUUGGAAUGGCAGUUCCUUCUAUACAUAAAUGUUUGCAGCUCUGUGAUGAAAAUGAGCACUUGCAAAGGAAACUAAAAAGGCUUCGACAAAAAAAUGAGAUUCUUGGGACUCGCCUAUCAGAAAUCACAGCGAAACUGCAACUGCAACAACUGAUUCGAGAAUAUGUCACUACCAGAGAAGUUCAGGUGCAAACUGAAGCCCGUCCUUGGCACAGAGGAGGAUUAAAAGAAGAAAAAACAAAGCAAGACUCUAACCAACUUUUACACAUGUAUAAUGCAUUGCAGAAGCGAUAUGAAAAAGAAAUCAAAACCAACAAGGAACAGAGCGAUGCAAUUGUCAACCUUCAUGGAAAAGUAGAGAGACUUGAGAGUCAGCUGCAAGCGGCUCACAAAACUAUUCAGCAGCUGGAACAGAUACCAGUAAAGAGGAGAUCCACCAGUGCAGGGAGGAGAAGGACACCCACCCCAGAGAAAUCCUCAGCUCAUAGACACAAAUCCAGAAGUAAGAAAUGCACUUCUGUGAACUGCCACUGUCCAGAUCUCUUGUUGGAAAUUGAAAAAUUGCACAAGGAAAAAGAGAAAUUGUCAAAAGAAAAAAAGUUGCUGAAAGAUGAAUUAGCAGGGCUGGAUAAGGAUUUUUUUGAUGAGAUUGAAGAUUUGAAGUAUGCCUUGCAAGAAUCAUCUAAACUUAACAAAGCAUAUGAAAAUUGUCUGAAACAAAUCUGUGUAAAAUAUGGACUCUCUUUUCCAGAUUCUUUACCAACUUGUUAUUAUAGAAAUAUUUAAAAGAAAAUAUAUUUUCUGUUCAUGUCAAACGUUGCAGAUUUUGUAAUUUAUUUGUUAAAAUAAGAUAGUUAUUGUAGCUAGUGCUAGCUGAGAUUUGUGUAAAUGUGAUAAUUUCAUAUUUUAAUGUUACUACAAUGUAUUUUUACAAAUGAUCAGUUAGUUACACUUUUUUUGGUGCAUUGUCAUUUGAACAGCAGAACUGAAUAAAUCUAAGAAUAAUGUUUAUUAAACGUAAGUCAUGUAGUGCAGCUGUUCCUUUUUUUAACUAGUGUGGGGUGGUUUAAACUCUAGACAAACAAUGUUAGUAUAAUUUUAAAGAUUUUUUUCAAGGUCUUUUUAACAAAAUGAAUUGACGUAAGGGGUCCACUUAAGCUGAAGUGAUUUAAGUGUAUAUUGUUCUAUUUUCUGUACCGAAACAUGUUUUUUGUUUGUUUUUCAUUCUUGCAUGCUUACUUGUAAUCUAACUAGUGCCAGGUUCCAUAUAUAUAAUACAACUCUGGAAAAAAUUAAGAGAUCACUGCAAAAUUAUCAGUUUCUCUGGUUUUACUAUUUAUAGG